UACCUCCAGAGGAAGCCGACUGCUUGUGGCUUGCCAGUCGAACCUGCCCUCCCACCAGCGCUCUCUGUUUUUCUCCUUGGGACUUGGGGUCUCAUCAACAAAACCAAGAUGUCAGAUGAAGAAAAAAAGAAGAGGGCUGUCACCGCCCGCCGGCAGCAUCUCAAGAGUGUUAUGCUCCAGAUUGCUGCUUCUGAGCUUGAAAAAGAAGCUGCAGCUCAGGAACAAGAAAAAGCCAAUUAUCUUGCAGAACACUGUCCACCUCUGCACUUGCCAAGUUCCACGCAAGAACUUCAGGAACUGUGCAAAAAACUUCAUGCUAAGGUAGAGGAAGUUGAUGAAGAAAGAUAUGACACAGAAAUGAAAUUACAGAAAACUACCAAAGAGCUUGAAGAUUUGAGCCAGAAACUGUUUGACCUGAGGGGCAAAUUCAAGAGGCCACCCCUGCGUAGAGUCCGUAUGUCUGCUGACGCUAUGCUGCGGGCCCUUCUGGGUUCCAAACACAAAGUCUGCAUGGAUCUUAGAGCUAAUCUGAAGCAAGUCAAGAAGGAAGACACUGAAAAGGAGAAGGACCUGCGUGAUGUGGGUGACUGGAGGAAAAACAUUGAGGAAAAGUCUGGAAUGGAGGGCAGGAAGAAGAUGUUUGAAGGCGAGUAAUAAGAUCUGCUCAACUCUACAGUCCAGUCCUAACGCCUAUCCAAAUCUUCUGCAAACUUUUACAGCGCUGCUUUUGGGAUGACUUUCCUCAUGACACAGUUGCAUUCAUAGUGCAGCCCACAAUACAGAGCCUACCUGCUGUCUGACCCCUUUUUAUUUCUGGGUACUACGUCACAAGAUCCUUAAAUACAUUUUACAACAAAGGUAGUUGCAUGAGCUUCAACUAUUCAGUCUUCAUUAACUCUUGUCAUUGGUAGGAUCUGGUGUUGCAACGUGAACUAAAACUGAUGUAAAUAAAGCUUUGAAAGUAUG